AUUAUAUACCACGGUGAUUGUUACAUCUCACACAUACGCUUUCCCAAUAGCAAUCCCUGACCUUAGUGUAAUAUUGUGGUCGAGAGGGAAAAGAACUUCAUCGCAUCAAACGCAAUUGGAUCUGUCUUCUUAGGAGAUGAAAACUUAGAAAGGCUUGUCUAGGGAUUAUGGAGUAUGCCGACUCAGACCAAGUGAUCGAAGUGCUUGACGGUGCUGUUAGCACACGAGUUAUCCGCCACCCUGACAGAUCAUUCGCUUUUGAAGUGACCCUUGACCUAGAAAAAGGCUCGAAACACUUUUCGCGCAAGCCGCCAAUUCACUUUCACGCAAAUCAAGAUGAAUUCAUACAAGCAACCGAGGGCAAGGUAGGACUCGAAGUCGACGGGAUGGAGCACGUUCUUCUACCCGGAGAAGAUGAAUACCGCAUUGAGGCGUGGGAAAACCAUCGCUCAUAUCCAAUUGAACAAGAGAGACAAGAGGGGAAAACCAUCGUCAAGUUUCUGCUAUCGGGUGCGAAAAGCUCUGAAGUUUACGAGCUUAACACAUUGUUCUUCGAGAACUGGUACAAGUACCAAGAGCAUGUGGCCAAAAACGGAGGAAAGAUCAACAUCAUCCAGGUCUUAAGUACAUUCGAUGCCGGUGGGACAUAUAUUGCGUUUCCGCGCUGGGUACCAUUUGGAAGACGAGUAUCGCAAGUUAUGGGCAUCGUCAUCGGUAGAUGGCUAGGGGGUUUACUUGGGUAUCAACCUUUCUAUCGGGAGUGGUCUACUGACUGGCAAUUGGCCUGCGACAAGAUGGAGUCGUCGAUUUUCCAAAGGCGUUGGGCAGACCGUUCGAAGGUGGACUAACUAGGCUUGUCUAACUAUGAGAAAUUCAGCAUUAAGAGACUUAUCUUGAUGAUACCGAACUGGAUAGCUAGAGGCUAAUUUACUGUCGUGGUUACGGGCUGGCAUUAAAG